CACGAGCCCCCUGGAGCUGGAGGAGGGAGGGACUGUCCGCGCUGCUCUGGCCGGUAUAAAUAGCCUCAAUCCCGGGUGCGAGUUUGUCUCCUCACCGGCGACUUCUGAGCGAGUUCGAGCGCAACCAUGGCCCCCAAGAAAGUCUGUGUGGUUGGUUCGGGAAACUGGGGCUCUGCAAUUGCCAAAAUAGUUGGGGCCAAUGCUGCCAAAUACGACACAUUUGACACCACAGUGAACAUGUGGGUCUUUGAGGAGACCAUAAAUGGGCGCAAACUCACAGAAAUCAUCAACACCGACCAUGAAAAUGUCAAGUAUCUGCCUGGACACAAACUACCCCCCAAUGUGUUGGCAGUCCCAGAUCUGGCAGAGUCGGUGAAAGGAGUGGACAUCCUCAUAUUUGUGGUGCCUCAUCAGUUCAUCGUCAGAGUCUGCGAUACCAUCAAAGAUCACAUCAAGAAGGACGCAGUGGGCAUGUCUCUUAUUAAGGGCGUGGAUGCGAGUCCCGAGGGCCUGAAGCUGAUCUCUGAAGUAAUUAGUUCUAAACUGGGCAUCACUAUGACAGUUCUGAUGGGAGCAAACAUCGCCAACGAGGUCGCAGACGAGAAGUUUUGUGAGACUACCAUCGGGUGCAAAGACAAAUCUCUGGGGCCUAUUUUGAAGGAGUUGAUGCAGACGACGAACUUCCGUGUCACAGUGGUGGAGGAGAGCGAUGUGGUGGAGAUCUGUGGAGCACUAAAGAACAUAGUGGCGGUGGGAGCAGGUUUUUGCGAUGGUCUUGGGUUUGGAGACAACACAAAGGCCGCAGUAAUUCGUCUGGGUCUGAUGGAGAUGAUCGCGUUUGCUAAAGUCUUCUGCACAAACUGCCCCGUGUCUCCGGCGACUUUCCUGGAGAGCUGCGGCAUCGCCGACCUCAUCACCACCUGCUAUGGAGGGAGAAACCGCAAGAUCGGAGAGGCCUUCGCCAAAACAGGCAAAUCAAUUGAAGAGUUAGAAAAGGAGCUGCUGAAUGGACAGAAACUCCAAGGUCCUGCCACGGCCGCAGAGGUCAACCAGGUCCUCACACAGAAAAAAAUGGUGCAAAAGUUCCCUCUCUUCACAGCAGUCCACCAGAUCUGCUUCAAUGGCCAUCCAGUCACAGAGUUCAUCAACUGUUUGCAAAACCAUCCCGAGCAUAUGUAGCCUCAGCCACGCCCUCUUCCGACUGACAACAAAUGACUACCACUACUGUAACAGACAUCUUAACAACACACUCAAACUAAUUUACUUUACCUCUGUAGUUGUAUAAUAUAUUUGUUCAUUAUAAUUUAAUAACUUAUUGUAUGUUUCAGUCUAACACAAAAGUGCCUUAAAGGUGCACUAUGUAACUUUUCUGAUGGAGGAUCCGCCUCCUGCUUGUCAGCAUGGAGAUUAUUUUGCAGUGAAUGUUUCACAGAAUGGGAUUACACAUGUCUAUCUUGCAUGUCUUCAAUUACAGGUUUGUAUUGUCAAGUAAUAACCUGAAAAAACAUGCAUUAUUACUGGGACAGGCUCGACUCUCCACAGAUCUGUCCUGUCUCCAUGGACAUUAGAUAAAUAAAUGUCAUACCAUACUGAGGAACAUUCCAGACAAAGAUCCCCAUGGAGACAAGCAGGUGGCGGACCCUCCAGUAGUGUACCUUUAACUUAAUUGUGAUACAGAUAGUAUAUUUUUAAAUAAACAUAUUUCUUCUGUUUCUUGUUUUUAGUAA